AUGGGUCAACAUUACAAGCCAACAAUCGACUCUGACGUCGUCAAGGUCUUUGUUCUUGAGACCGAUACUCCUCAUCCCAACACCCAAACAGAGCGCGGCUCCUUUGGCGAGAUUCUACACCACCAUUUUUCAAAGGCAGGCAAGAAGCAUCACCCCCCUCUUGGUAUCGAAACAGAGCAAGUCUUUGUCGUUACGGAAGAAGGCGGUCGCAUGCCAAAGGUUGAGGAAUUUGACGAUUACGAUGGUCUACUUAUUACGGGGAGCAUGUAUGACGCCCAUGGCGACAACCCUUGGAUUCACGAGUUGCUCGAUCUUUUGAAGCAAAUAUGGACAAAGCGCCCCGAAUUUCACUUCACCGGUGUCUGCUUUGGUCACCAGAUCCUCACACGCCUUCUAGGCGGAAAGGUUGGCCCUUCACCCUCAAACGACUGGGAGCUUGGCCACAAUGCCAUCACCCUCACACCCGUUGGCAAACGUCUCUUCCGAACCCACGAUGACAAAGUCUACCUUCACCAAAUGCAUCAAGACCAAGUCCUUGAGGGUCCCUCUGUCGAGUCAUCCAACGGUCUUCUCCCACCUGACACAGAUGUUCACAUCUGGGGCAAGAGCGACCACACUCCCAUCCAGGGCCUGUACAUUCCCAACAGACUGUUCACUACACAAGCGCACCUGGCCUUUGACGAGGACAUGGUCAAGCGACAGAUCCAGAUGCGGGUCGACAGUGGAGGAAUCAAGGAUCUUGAGCAUGCUGAUCGGGCGGCUGAGACGGCGGAUUUGGAACAUGAUGGAGAACUGGUUGCUUCAGCGAUUCUAAGAUUGUUUAGGUACGACGACGAUGGUAUGAAGUGGGACUAG